AUGGGACUCGCAUCUCAAACGCCUUGGUCUGCAGGACGAUCAUCCUCUGCGGAUCAUGAUGGCAGACCCGAUGACGACGACGCUGCUGCUGCUCAUCGGUCGACUUUUGAGGAUUUUGUUGCUCAGCCGAGUCUUCCCUUUGCGCUCUCUGCACGUCCAUUCAACUUUACAACUGUCCUCCUAUCUUCUCUUCCCAACACAUCGGAGCGUCGAGCAGAAGCUGCAUCGCGCUCUGCCGCCGCCGCCUUCUUGUCCGACGACAAGAAGAGCGAAGCGAUCCGAUUGGCUUUCAAAGAUUCGUGGGACGCGUAUGUUCAGGAUGCGUGGGGAUACGACGAGUAUCAUCCGUUGAGCCAUUCGGGAAGCAAUUGGAGCAAAGAAGGUCCGAGCGGCUAUUUGAUCGUCGAUGCCAUCGAUUCGCUGCUCAUCAUGGGCUUCAAACAAGAGUACGAGAGAGCGCGCGAUUGGAUCAGGGAUGAGCUGGAUUUCGAAAAGGAUGGAAGGUUCAACGUGUUCGAGACGACCAUCCGCACGCUCGGAGGUUUGCUGAGCGCCAGCGCUCUCUGCACAUCCCACGCCCUCAUCUCGGCCCAUUGCUCAGCAGGCGAUAGUGAAUUGUUCCUGUCCAAAGCGCAAGAUCUUGCCGAACGUCUUGCACCGGCUUUCGAAGCUACGAGCACGGGCAUUCCCUUGAGAGAGGUCAAUCUGAAGACGGGUGAGAGCUUUGAGGACGCGGAUAACAGGGGAUUGGCUAGUCUGGCAGAGAUCAGCUCGGUGCAGCUCGAAUUCAAGACGCUGGCGCACUCUACCAAGACUUUUCGUUGGUGGCGCCUCUCCGAAAGACCCAUGAGCGCCAUCCGAAACGCUUUGCGAACGGGCGCCUCGGAUGGUCUGUUGCCCAUCUUCAUCAACCCCAGGUCCGGCAAGUUUGUCCUGUCCGACGUGAGGCUGGGAAGCAGGGGCGAUUCGUACUACGAGUACCUUGCCAAGCAGUGGCUCAUCACCAAUCGGACGGAAGAUGUGUACCGCGACAUGUACGAUAGAGCGAUGAGCGGCAUCAAGAAGAAUCUCGUCAAGCAGAGCACAUCCAGCAAUCCUCCUUUGCUCUACACUGCAGAAGUCGUGCCUCGAUUUGUUCAAGGAAGACAAGGCCCCGUCUGGUCGAUCUUGCCCAAGCAAGAUCAUCUGGUCUGUUUCCUGGGCGGCAAUCUGAUGCUCGGUGCUCUUUCCUCGCUGCGUUCGCCAAGCUCCAGCAGCAGCGGCAGCAGCACUGCGAACGCCGACUGGCUGCGUCGUCUGCGCACCUCUGAUGGCGAACUGGACAACACGCUGGACCAAUCGGACGUGAUGCAUGCGAACGAGGUGGAAGAUUGGGCAUUGGGACACGAGAUCAUCAGGACUUGCUACGAUACGUAUAGAGGCACCAGAACUCGAUUGGCACCGGAAAUCGCACAUUUUAGAAUGCCGCACGAAGAGAAUGCCAGCUUUGAGGAUUGGUACAUCAAGCAACCUCCGAUCGACGCAGAGACGAAAAGACCCGCAGCGGCGCUGAUCGAUGCGCGCAACAUUUUGCGACCCGAAACGGUGGAGUCGCUGUUCAUCGCCUACCACUUGUCCGGCGAUCCGAUUUAUCGCGAGUGGGGCUGGAAGAUUUUCGAAUCGUUUGUGCUGCAUGCUAGGGUCAAGCAGAGCGGCGCUUUUGCCAAUGUGGUGGAUGUGAUGGGCAGCGGGCCGGAUGGAAAGGCAGAGCUGGAGGAUAGGAUGGAGACAUUCUGGCUCGCAGAAACUCUCAAGUACCUCUAUCUUCUUUUCUCCGAUCAAGACCUCUUGCCCUUAGAUCAGUGGGUCUUCAACACCGAAGCUCAUCCUUUGCCCGUCUUCAAACAACCCUUUCCGACAAGUUUCGAUUAA